AUGCCCGACCCUGCAGGUGGAGCGUUGAUCUGGGCGUCUCCAGCCCCGACGUGGCUGCUUGGUUUGGCGAGUGCCCUCUUUUUCCUGUUGGCGUCCUUCUCCUUUUCGCAAUGUCGGCAGAAACGCCGCGCAGCUUCGUCUCUCUCGGGCCACUCGCCCUCUGUGUCUUCGGCCUCGCUGUCGACCAACUCGCACCUGCCUUCGCGUGAGCUCCCGAGCGACCGCAGCGCCCUCUUCUCCUCCCCGCCUGUGUACCCCUACGGCCGGGAGGGCCGAGGACGCAUGCGGAGGUAUGUCAACUUCUUCUCUUCUCUCUCCAGCGAGCGAGCGUCGUCUUCGCAACUCUUCACCUUCGAUGGAGCCUCAAUGCGAACGAAGAUCCUUUCUCUCGUCACUCUCGCCUCGCUGCUCCGGUCUCUGCUACUGCUUCUCCAACUCCUCGUGCCUCUCGGCCAUGCUCCCUUCUCGUUCGCGAGGCCCGACACGCCGACCCCUGCGGGGAUGGCAUUCGCCGUCCUCUCAGAAGAGCUCGGCGGUCCUCGCCACCCUUGCUCGCAGUCGCCGCUCUCGUCUUCCUCGCCUCUCUCGUCUUCCUCUCCGCUCUUGUCUUCCUUGCCCCUUCCUGCUGCGCAGGCGGUCGCCAAGGAGUCGGGGGAAGCGCCGGUCGCCACUCGCCUCGCGUCUGGUUCUCUCUCCUCUCUGACGAUCCCCCCGGUAGGUUCCUUUGCGGCUGCGUCCGCCUAUCAAUCGCCUGCUCCCCCAACAUCCCAGGGCGCUUCGUUGUCUCUUCGGGCCGGAACCCCGUCCUCACGCCCGCCGCCCCCCGACUCCAGACGGCCUUCUGCCUCUUCAAACGCUUCGCUUUUCAACCCGAACCCGCUCUGGCUGCGGACCGUUGUGCGCUCCUUGCCACCCAUGCUGUGCAUCAGCGUGUACGGCCUUCUCGUUCUCUUUCUCAUUGACCUCUCCAACGCGACGUCGCUCCACGGACACGCCACGUUCUGGUGGGUCGUCUCCAGCUACGCGUCGCUGCUGCUCGUCUGGGUGCUCUUCUUCUCGGUGGCGGCCAUGGCGCUCGAACACAACACAAGCGCCGAGGCGCAUCUCUUUGCCAGAUGCUCGGCGAUUCUGCUCGGCCUCUCGUUCUCUGUCCUCGCUGUCGCCUGGGGCUUCUUCGGUCGGCGCGUUCUGCGUCAGCUGUCAGCGCGGGAGGCGUCGCCCUACGCCUUUCCGCCUCUGGCGUGCCCGAGACAAGAUCCCGACUUGCAGUCGCAGUUUCCGCUCCAUUCGUCGGAUUUCCCUCCCCAAGCCCUGCUUUCGGCGCAGGCUCUGAAUCACAACUACGCCGCCUACUGGCCGCCGCGUCUUCCGGUGUCUCUGCCCAAGGGCGAGAGAGGCUUCGAGUACCACAGAGCGCCCGACUACCCCUUCGAUGCCUACUACUGUGAGGCGUGUUCCGCUGCUCAUUGCGAACGGGAGACGGACGGCGGCGGUUGGCUGAAGCGGUACUUUCCCCUCGUCCAUUUCUUGCUCUUCAGAGACACAGGUCGACGCGAGUCUCAUGACGCGCGAGACGCGCAAAUCAGUCCGGGCCGCCCGGCGUUGUCCGCCUCGGCCCCUUCCUUCUGGGCGUCGUUGCCGUGUCUACGGCCCAGAGGGCAAGGCGAGGAGCCUGGACAGGCGUGGAGAAGACUGCGCAGACUCACGCUGUUGUGCCCGCCGCUCCUUCUCCUGCGCGGCGUGUACCUCCUCCUGGUGGGAACCGAGGUUCUGCCGCACUACUACCCGACGUCGGCAGCCUUCGCCAAGCACAAGGAAAGCUUCGACGUCUCCCUGUACCUGCUCACCGAGUUCGUCCCUCUGACCUUGCUGGUCUUUGCGUUCGCCGCGAACGAGCGGAAGAGGAAACCGCAGAGCGAUGAAGACCUCGACGAAGACGACGACGAAUCCCACCUUCCGAGCCAAAGCACAGAAGAGGAAGACGACGAGGACGAGGAACGGGACUAA